CACUGGCAGAGAGAGGUGCGCUGGUGGGACGAUCCUGCCAAGCACGUACCACCCCGCGCGUACCUAUUUAUUGGCAAGGCCACGCCAGCGGCGCGCCAGUGCGCAGACGACGGUCGGACGCGCUGUAUCUGCUACUACUGUGACCACCGCGCAGCCGCAUACACGUCCGCGCACAAAUAUUAUGAUCGAUUGAUAAAAACGGAAAUUUCAGUUCAGUUCCUUUUAUUUGUUUAUAUAACAAAGGUUCAUUAUGAUUUCGUUACUAUCAAACUCUAAACUUUUGUGGGGACUAUGUCAAGUGGUGAACUACUGUGUGGCGCCUACGUCGCUGCCACUGCUGCUGGCGGCUUGCACGGCUCUGCUAGCGGCUCGGCUGGCGCAGCUAGUGCGGGAGGCGCGCAAGCUACCGCCAGGUCCUUGGGGACCGCCAGUCGUCGGCUAUCUGCCUUUUCUCGGCGUGCGCCACAAGACCUUCCUGGAGCUUGCACGCAGCUACGGGGCGCUGUUCUCUGCGCGCCUGGGCAACCAGCUUACAGUCGUGCUUAGUGACUAUCGGCUCAUCAGAGAAGCUUUCCGACGGGAAGAAUUCACCGGGCGCCCAAGCACGCCUUUGAUGCACACUUUGGACGGUCUAGGUAUCAUCAACAGCGAGGGCCGCCUCUGGAAAAGUCAGCGCCGUUUUCUCCAUGAAAAACUACGCGAGUUCGGAAUGACGUACAUGGGAAAUGGCAAAAAAAUCAUGGAAGCCAGAAUUAAGAACGAAGUGCAUGACCUGAUAUCCAAUCUACGCAAUUCAGAGUGCACUGCAAUUGAUCCUAAUCCGCUCUUGGCUCUUGGCGUAUCCAACGUAAUCUGCGGCAUAACGAUGUCCGUCCGCUUCAGCCAUGGAGACACGCGUUUCACUAGGCUGAACCAUUUAAUCGAAGAAGGGAUGCGACUUUUCGGAGAAAUCCACUACGGCGAGUACAUCCCCCUUUACAAUUAUUUACCCGGUAAAGCCCAAGCUCAAGUGAAAGUUAUGCAAAAUCGCGACGAGAUGUUUGCAUUUUAUCAAACACUAAUUGAUGAACAUCGAGCUACGUUGGAUCUAGACAACGCACGAGACCUCAUCGAUGUUUACCUGAUCGAGAUCGAGAAAGCGAAGCUUGAAGGAAGAGCUGGAGAAUUGUUCGAAGGACGAGAUCACGAAUUACAAUUAAAGCAAAUCCUGGGUGAUCUAUUUUCUGCGGGCAUGGAAACAAUUAAAUCGUCCCUGUUAUGGAUGCUCGUGUUCAUGCUCAGAAAUCCAGAAGUCAAAAGACGAGUUCAAGAGGAACUCGAUGCUGUGGUUGGUCGGGAGCGGCUACCUACCAUCGAAGAUAUGCCAAAUUUGUCGUACACUGAAACCACCAUCUUGGAGACUUUGAGAAUGUCGAGUAUUGUCCCUCUUGCGACGACUCAUUCACCAACAAAGGACGUACAUCUGAACGGAUAUAAAAUUCCGGCUGGAUCACAAGUUGUACCCCUCAUCAACUGCGUGCACAUGGAUCCCAACCUUUGGGAUGAACCCGAAAAGUUCAAUCCAGGCAGAUUCCUCGAUGAAGACGGCAAGAUCAGACGCCCGGAAUAUUUCAUGCCCUUCGGGGUGGGGCGGCGGAUGUGUCUUGGUGACGUGCUCGCACGCAUGGAGAUGUUUAUGUUCUUCGCGUGCGUCAUGCACCAGUUCGACGUGCAACUAGCGGAGGGCGCGGACUCGCCAUCAUUGGAAGGCACAGUGGGUGCUACUAUCGCUCCGCAAGCCUUCCGCCUACGGUUCAUCCCGCGCUCACCACCCGCGCCGCUCGUGCCGGUCGUGCCCGACCACCCGCAUCUGCGCCACGUCGGUGCGCACUAAACCCCGAUGAGUAAUUAGAUUCCAAAAAUCUCUUAAUUGAUUCUUAAGAUCUGAAUUGAUGACCAGUGCAAUAUGGAAAUUUCAUCCCAUAAAAGAAUUUUCAUAUCAUAUUUAUUGACAUGUUUAUGUACAAAAAUCAAUUCAGAAAGCGGGUAAUUGUAUCUUUAUUUAUAACUUCAAUUGCCAACACGUUAAUAAUUUUUGGAAUCUAGUUGUGUCAGGAUGUAAUCGACGCGGCUUCCCUGCCACUUUACCCACCAGUAUUCACUGAUCACUCGUUUUAGAGCGCAUCGACGACCAUUUAUUUAAGUCAUAUAAAGUAAGUAACGACGUCGCUCAAGCGACAGUCGAGGCUGUGCAUAAAGUGUUCAAUUUAGUAGAUUUAUAGACGUAUUGAAAACUCCCAUCGUUGAGAUUAUAAAAUGUUUUUCGUAUAUGUAAACAGUAUUAAAAAACAAGAAGAUUUCUUGAGCGACCUGUAAGGUCUUUGGAAUUUACACCAUACGAAGUACAUUUGUGAAAUUUGUUCAAUGUAAGCACUAAUUAAGUUCUAGUAUACCAAAAUUGUAUAUUCAUUCUAGGUCAUUAUUUAUUAAGAUCACUUAGAAGAGUGCCUGUUUGAGUGUGAUCUCAUGUUUUGUUGUGUUGAAUAUCAUUAUGUUUCUAUAGGGUUUGCAAGUGUUCAUCUGUAACUUUUCUAGUUAACACGAUAUUAUACUGUACCUUUCAAGACUAUAAGAUAACAUUCCAUCAUAGUUUAGGUUCAACCAGUAACUAGUCUACAUAAUUUUAGAUAAAUAGUUAAGUGAUCUUUAAUUAUCAGUUGGAAGUAGGGGAUUUUAACUUUGUGCAACCAAGUUGCUCUGCACUGAACUUAUACUUAUAAUUUCAGCUCACCGCUAAAUAGUAUAUUAACAAUACAUUCGCCUUGUAAAUAUAGCUAUUAACAGAGAAUACAAAUUUGUAUUUCAGAAAUAAAUGAAGAAAAGAUAAAACAUAAA